AUGUGGAAACGAAUGGGCCGACGCGCAGAGGAGAAGCAAAUCGGCAAUCCGGUGCUCCUUGAAACCACCUAUGACCAAGACCAACUCAGGCAUAUACCCACGGUUUCCGACGCACAAAAUGCCGCCUACCAGGCUGAAUCCUUCUCUCCACCGAUCCAAACGUAUUCCUAUAACAUAUAUUCCCCUCAUGACCCCCGAGCAUAUCAACCUUCAGGAACGCACUCUGUUUCGCCUCCCUACGGUCGAUCCUCUCCCCCACAGAGACUAGACUACACAAAGGGAAGUGCCACGUAUUCUACGACCGCCGACAUAUCACCACCCAGCUCCCCCGAACCCGACGAUGAGGAGCGCGACCCAAGGAAACCACGGCGCUUUCGUUCCAUGCGAGAUGUAUCGCCUCUAGAUGAGAGCCGCGGCCAGCCCACCACCAUGCGCAGUAACAUCCCGGUUCUUCGCCGAGUGCCCGACAACACACCGCCGCGGGCAAGCACUCAGAAGUUCUGGCCGGGCAAGGUCGCCCCCGACGGCAAAGUGCGAUGGGAUGAGUAUUCUGGGGAGCCUACUUCUGGGAAUGCGGGGAAAGCUGGGCAGGUCAAUCCGCUCGCUUUCGCCAAGGAAGCAGUGUCUUUGCGCUCUCACCCGAUUACUUCGCGCGACACAAUGACUGGGACUCAGAUGAACGCAACAAGGAAGAUGGCUCCUGGACUUGAGCGUCCAGGUUAUACAGGCGUAAAGCCAACACUCGUUGACAUCACCUUCACUCCUCGAGAGCCAUGGAAGGGGGCGAGUGGCCGAGCGGAAAUCGUGCAGCCGUUUCGUGAUCAACCCGCAAAACAACCUCUCAACUUCCAGCGGAAGCCCGAGCCCAGAGCAGUUAAAGGAGGGCCAAGGAACAUAUCGAGUCCGGUGGCGUCGCCUACCGGCCGCGUUCCUGCAGCGGCUGACACCGGACCUGUCGCAGAUGGCUCACAAGCGUAUGGCGCGCAUGACGACCCCAUUAAGCCCGUUGUACCCCUCAAAGUCGGAAGGAAUUCUCCUCCUCGAAGUAUCGCUUCUCCAAGGACACCGCAUACUCCUGUGAUCCCUCCUCUGGCGUCGGCGCCUUCUAGGGGACCUCCGAGUUCCGGCGCAUAUGCCGAGCCCAGCACAAAUCCGCCAGUAGGGACCCAGACAGACCAGCAACAAUCUACAGAGAGAAACAUACCGAAGGAACCCGCGACACCACCGGGGCAGAAGAUCAGCAGAAAAUCCACCGAAGAACAAACUCCCGGCUCUACGGCUGCAAGCAAAGACGGGCCCGUCAGCCGGUUCAGCUGGACGACUUACAACUCCAGCACCACGUAUCAGCAGUCACAGCAUUCGCCUCCUCCCUCACCACCUCCGCCUCUCCCUACCUCCGCCGCAGCGCUCGACCAGCAACCCCUGCCUGCCGCAUCCUCGAUCCUCAAUCGUCGCCGCCCAGUGCCACCCGCGUCGGAGAAAGUCACGGCGCGUAAACCCCUCGCGUCAACCACUCCAAGCCCAUCCGCACAAUCCUCUACCAUGAGGACCAACGACCCUCCCUCCCCCCGGUCCCCCUCCGGCUUCUCCACCAAGACCCAAAAGGCCCUACCGCGUCCCCCGACCGAACUCUCGGCGGCCGAUCACGUCGACAUCCUGGAAGCGCAGAUGGAGGACCUGCGCAUCCGACGGUCCAACGUGCACCGGCUGCUGCAGGAUCUGAACAACCAGGCGCCUCCGAACCCGCUGAUUACGGACUUCAAGACGGCGCGGAUGGUGGAGAAGCGGAAGAAGGAGUUUGAGGACGAGUUGGCGGAGAUUAGGGCCGAGGAGCAUGGGGUGGGGUUGCGGCUGCAUCGGGCGCUGAGGAAGAGGGAGAGGGAGGAUCCGAACGCGGGGAGUGCGAUUUGGGUGAGGCGGGUUACGCGGUAG